AUGGAUAACAGCAACUCCGGUGAUUCCACACCGGUACGGCACAGCAAACGGCAACUUAAGACCCACCAGCAACAACAGCGCAAAAUGUUUCACUUUUGCCGAUUUUGGCUCACACAAGAUUCUCUUGGCAAUACUCGACUAGCUCGAGCCUUGCUCGACUCGUGCUCCCAGUUUUGCUUCAUGACCACUCGCUUCAGCCAACAACUAAAACUGCGACAUGUUCCGGAAAACCUCACCGUUCAAGGCAUCGGUGGAUCACGAGCUGUGUCACGCAAACUGGUUGUAGCUUCCGUUCGUGCUCGGACCUCGUACAUCUCAGCUUUCAGCAGAGCAAUGAGCUUCUUUAUUUUGCCUGAGCUGACAGCCACACUUCCCGCAAAACAAGUCGAGUACGAGAGUUGGCGUUUACCCCACGAUGUUCAGCUUGCUGAUCCCAGCUUUUCGGAACCAGGAGAGAUCGACAUCAUUAUUGGCGCCGAGCACUUCUUUGAUCUGCUUCUGGAAGGCAGAUUCAAGCUGACGAAUGAUGGCCCAAGCCUUCAAAACUCUGUUUUCGGAUGGAUAGUUGCUGGUACCAUUCCGAAUAAAUCUGUAUCCUGUUCGCCUUCCUCCGUGACUUGUUCAGUAGCAGAAAUUCAGGAGCAGCUCACUAAAUUCUGGGAACUGGAAUCGUGUAGGUCAGCAAGUACCCAAUCCGUGGAAGAGUCAACUUGUGAGGAGCUUUUCGCUGAAACCACCACCCGUGACUGCGACGGAAAAUUUGUUGUCUCUUUGCCGAAACGUGAUCACGUAAUUCGGCAACUGGGGGAGUCUCGUAACGCAGCACUGAGGCGAUUUUUCAGCGUAGAGAAGCAGUUUGAGUCCAACGGCGAAAAGAAGUCAGCGUACACAUCAUUUAUGGAGGAAUACAUCAGUCUCGGUCACAUGCGUGAAGUUCCUAACCCUGAUGAAGCAUUACCGGUCUACUAUCUCCCACAUCAUGCGGUCUACAAGCCUGACAGUUCCACAACAAAGCUUCGCGUCGUCUUCGAUGCCUCCUGUAAGACUACCACCGGAGUCUCACUCAACGACGGUCUAUUGGUGGGACCCGUAGUUCAAGAAGAUUUGUUGUCCAUCGUCCUUCGGUUCCGGUUGCAUCGAGUCGCCGUUGUUGCUGAUGUGGAGAAAAUGUACCGCAUGGUCAAGGUACAAGCCGAAGAUCAACGUCUCCAGCGUAUUCUGUGGAGAGAAUCUCCAGAAAUUCCGGUCCGUACGUACGAGCUCGUCACUGUAACUUAUGGUACAGCAUGCGCACCGUAUCUGGCUACCAAGUGCCUUCAGCAGUUAGCAGACAGUGGAAAGGAAUCGUAUCCCGAAGCAGCAAGGAGUCUACAAUACGAUACGUACGUCGAUGAUUCUCUCACUGGAGCGAAUUCAGUCGACAGUGCGAUAAAGUUAGCGAAGGAGAUGAUUGAACUAGCAGCAGCAGGUGGUUUUUUGUUGAGAAAGUUCAACUCAAAUUCAGCCGACGUACUGUCUGCAUUACCAGAUCAUCUUAUAGACGAGCGCGCUUCCUUGAACUUGGAUUCUUCGACUGCAGCUGUGAAGACGUUGGGUUUAGUGUGGAAACCUGCUACCGAUUGUUUCGUUUACGACUGUCCAGUUUGGAGCGACAAGGCCAAGAUCACCAAAAGAGUUGUGCUUGCAGAGACAGCACGCCUCUUCGACCCGAUUGGACUUGUGGGCCCCGUUGUUGUCAUCGCGAAGAUAUUUCUGCAAGAUCUUUGGAAACUCCAGUGUGGAUGGGACGAUUCGCUUCCAGAGGAGAUGCAGAACUUUUGGCAGGAGUAUCGGAUGAACCUGAAAGCCCUAUCUUCACUCUCGGUUCCACGUUGGUUGACCUUUCAUUCCGAAGCAGCAUUUGUCGAGAUACACGGUUUCUGUGACGCAUCCGAAAAGGCUUACGGAGCCUGUGUUUAUCUUCGUUGUACAGCAGAAAAUGGUGAAGUUACCGUCCGUUUGAUAACCGCAAAAUCCAGAGUAGCACCUUUAGACGACCUGAAGAGGAAGAAGAAGAAGCAGACAAUCCCGCGCCUCGAGCUUUCAUCUGCUCUUCUCUUGGCUCACCUGUACGAAAAAGUUAAGCGCAGUUUAAGAAUUGCGCAUUCUGCAGAGUUUUGGACAGAUUCCACCAUCGUAAUCUGUUGGCUGUCAUCUUUACCGUCCCGUUGGCAAGCUUUUGUUUCAAACCGUGUCUCCGAGAUCCAGCAUACCACUAAAGGCUGCCAGUGGCACCACGUUGCAGGAGUGGAAAAUCCAGCGGACAUCAUCUCGAGAGGCAUGAUUCCAGCACAGCUUCAGUAUCAAACGAUGUGGUUUGAGGGUCCACUUUGGCUGCGACAAGACCGCAGCACCUGGCCAGCUUCAAGCAAUCCAGAACAAGUUGAACAGUCGUUACUUGAAGAGCGGAAAGUAUGUUCGUUUCCUGUCACACCCGUGACUAGUGAAAUCUUCGGUUGGCGGGAGAGGUUUUUGGAUCUGAUUCAUCUUGUUGCGUGGAUGCUCCGAUUUGCGCACAAUUCCAGUUUGAGAAUCCCACACCAACGAGCUUCCGGAAGUUUAACGUACGCAGAGCAGUAUGCAGCCAUACUUCACGUCGUUCGUGUAGCACAACAGGAAAGUUUCCCUGCCGAAUUCGACGCUCUCCAGAGAGGGCGACCACUGAAGGCGUCAUCCCCAAUCCUCUCUUUAAAUCCCGUAUUUGGCGAUGGCAUAAUUCGCGUUGGCGGCCGGCUAGCGCACGCACAGAUUAGCGAAGACAGAAAGCAUCCGAUGAUCCUGUGCAGUAAACAUCCCUUGGCGAAAAUGAUAAUCGAGCACUACCACCGCUGUUUCUUCCAUGCCGGUGCUCAACUUCUUAUUUCUUCCGUCCGUGGGAGAUUUUGGAUCACCAGGAUCAGAUCGUUAGUCAACACAGUUCUGCACGAAUGUGUGCAGUGUUUUCGUAACAAACCACGUGUAACAGAGCAGCUUAUGGGCGACCUGCCAGCAGAGCGUGUUUCGCCAUCGAAUCCAUUCGAGAACGUUGGAGUAGAUUAUUGUGGACCUUUCCUAGUAAAAUAUCCUUCAAGUCGUCGAAUCCAACCCCGCAAAAUUUUCGUUGCUAUCUUCGUUUGUUUGGCUACAAAGGCAGUCCAUAUAGAGCUGGUCACGGACCUAACCAGUGAUUCAUUCAUCGCAGCGUUUAAACGAUUUGUUGGUCGUCGUGGGAAACCUCGAGUUGUGAUGUGUGACAAUUCGACAACUUUCGUUGGUGCACGCCGAGAAUUGGAUGAACUCCGUCAGCUUUUUCGAAACGAACAGUUCCAGAGACAUGUCGUCCAUUCGGCAGUAGACGACGAAACCGAAUUCAAAUUCAUCCCCCCCAGAACGCCUAACUUUGGUGGACUGUGGGAAGCCGCUGUUAAGUCGUUCAAAACGCACCUGAAGAGGACGAUAGGAUGCACCAUUCUCCGUUAUGAUGAAAUGAACACCAUCUCGAUUCAAAUUGAAGCUAUUCUUAACUCCCGUCCGUUGACACCGAUGACUAACGAUCCUGCAGAUUACGAAGCCAUCACACCUGGUCACUUUCUGAUCCACCGACCGUUAACAGCCGUGCCGGAGCCUUCCAAGGAACAUAUUCCAGAGAACCAUCUUUCGAGAUGGCAAAGAACCGAAGUCUUUUACGAGCGCAUUUGGAAGCGCUGGUCCUCCCAGUAUCUGUCGGAUUUACACAACCGCACCAAGUGGACUAGGAAACGAAACAACAUAGCCGUUGGAACCAUGGUGCUCCUCAAGGAGGACAACCUUCCCCCGUUGCAGUGGGCUCUCGGUCGUGUGACGAAAAUCUACCCCGGUCCCGAUGGCAACAUCCGAGUCAUCGACGUCAAAACCAAGGAUAGCCAGUUCCAGCGAGGAAUCCAGAAGAUUUGUGUUCUUCCCAUCAAGGACAACAUUGAUGAUCCCGUCCAGCAGGAGAACUAAAUUCACCACCACCCACUCCAGUAUACAACAUAAGUUUAGUCGUCCACCGAAUUCGACCAUUCCUGCCUUUCCAUUGUGAUGAUCCUUUCGUGUCAAGCAUCGGCCAACUUUAUCUGGCGGUCAUCGUAAGCUGACAGCAAACCACCAUCGUCGUAGCUUCACAUCGCAGUUUCAUCUUCAUCAGCGCCUGGGGCGCUCGCGGAGGCCAGGAGGCCUCCGCUCCAGGGAAGUCGAAUCGGUCCGGUGGACCACAUCCAGUCAUCUAGUCAACUAGUCAUCUAGCCAUCUAGUCAACCAGUUGUUCCGUUCUCCUGUCGUCACGUCGUCCAGUCACCACAUCGUCCGUUCAACAGCCAUCCGUACUACAAGCGAUAUGUGUUUUCGUGUCCUGUCGUUUGUACAUCGUUGGUAAAGAUCGUCCAGUCCUCAUAGUUGCAGAAGCGCAACCAGACACAGCCAGUCUGAGCAGGAUUCCAGCCCUAAU